AUAUGAUCUUUAUGAUCAUAGAUAUGAUCUUUUAUAUCAAAGAGAUAUGCAUCUUUAAGGUCUUUGGGAUCACUAGUCUGUCCCGGGUCAGCCGCCAUUUUGUUCGGCUCUGGGUCACCCGAGUCACUGACUCAAAAGUAUCCCUGAAGAUAACCAAUGAAUAACCUGUAAGCCUGUAACCUCUUGCUUGCUCUUUUUCUAACCUUAAAAUUUGUAGAAUCAAUUUAGAUUUCUUUCAAAAAUAAUACUUUCUUGUAAGAAACAAACCGAUUAGCUCUCAACAAAAAGCAAUCAUGUAUCUACUACGUUGGGUGAGAAGGUACAUUAGGAAGAAAGCUUAUUUUAUCGAUCAACAAACUGGAGUUAAUAUACACAGAAAUCUAUCGUUCUUAUACCUAUUUUUCUCAGGAAAUGCCUUCUUAGGUUUGAUAUAUCUUACCAAGAAGGGCCAACUUGAUUAUGCACUGGAUGCUGGAUUAAAAACCGAAGCUGAAGCUUCACAGUCCAAAGCCCUGUCUCCUGACAACCUUGGAGUAUUACAUAUUGCUGUCUGGUUUUUCUUGCUUGAAAACCACGAAAUUCUUUCAGUUGAGUAUUAAUCAUAGUUCUACAUUGUUAUGUUGAAACCUUCAGUUUCAAUUAUUCUCUUAUGGCCCUAGCGCCUAUGAAUUUGACUAAGCUUUGAGUAAGCUUACUAUUUGAUUUGACUCUCGGCCCUAGCGCCUAUUACUUAUGUUGAAACAUACAGCUCUAAGCUUACUAUUUGAUUUGACUCUCGGCCCUAGAGCCUAUUGACUUAUGUUGAAACAUACAGUUCUAAUCUCAUCACUUGAUUUGACAUUUGGCCCUAGUGGCACAAUUUUGUAUAUUGAAACACUUAGUUUUAAUUAUUUUACUCAGCCCUGACACCUAUGUUUUGUUAUAUUCAAACAUACAAUUUCAAUAUCUACUAUUCAUACCUAGCAUCCAUAACUUUUUUGAUUAAGUUCCUGUUCUAAAAUUGCUGUUUAACCUAUGUUUAUUUUGUACUUUGCUAAAAUUGUCAUAUUCAAUUUCAAUAAAAUCUAGCACCCAUUUUCAUAAGACAUAUUUUUUAUGUACAUAUUCAAUUUAGCCAUUAUGCCUUCUCAGUUUGAACUAUUUUAGCCUUUGUUUUCAGACAUUGUAUUCUCAAUAUUAUAAUUAUCCCAAGAUCAAGUUUGUUAUAAAUUGCCAUGGUGCAUAUGUUCUUAAAACUCAUUAUUAAUUAUUUCUGUUGGCUAGUGCCUAUUAUAUCAAAAUUAUUAUCCUUUUGAAGACUUACAUGAUUUGCAAUAAAUUUCAGUACAAUUAUCUUUUACCAGCAUUUGACUUGAUUAUUUUACAAUCCUUGAAUUGUCUUGCUAUAGUUGUCAUCUUACAGCUAUUUUCAAUUGCCCAUGCGCUCAACUACUGAUUGCAUGAGCUGGUCCUCCAUCUGCCUUUGGAACGGUUAUGUGGUGCUGUUUAAUUAAUGUUAAUCAUCCACUGCUCUUAUCUUGAAACACACCAUAUAAUUGUUUGGUCGUCCGGACCGGAUUUACACUAGCAGCCUGUGAGUUCAUGUUACCGUAUGAUCAGUCAGAUGACCCCUAUAAAAUCUUAUUUUGCAACUUCUAGGUAUUUUAUAAUCAGGAUAAAUAAAUAUUACAUCUUUGUACAAAACUUAGUUCAUAAGUCACCUAACAUUACACUGCACUUAAAUCUUUUGUACUUUUUUAUGUUCCACGUAUCUACAAUUGUACCAUCCCUACCUGGAGUCUUAUCUGAUGGAGCAUCACUCCUGAUCCAGCUCAACUUCUUGUCAUCAACCUCCUGUCUAUUCUGCAAGGACACUACUCAUAGAGUGUUUGGCUGUCCAUCACUGUCAAGAAUGACUCUAGCUGACAAAUGGGAAGCUGUGAGAAAAAGGAAACUCUGUUUCAACUGCUUGAAGCCAUUCGUCCUUGGCCAUCCUUGCUCCGGAGCUUGUCGCCAUUGUGGGAAGGCCCACCAUUCACUUUUGCAUGGUCCAUCUCCAAAUCAAUCUAACAAUGUCAGUGCAAUUUCAACUCUUGAGUCGCUAGGAAUAGAACAAGCCAAAGUUAUCACAAUGACAGGUUUCUUCAAGAUUGUAAGUGAAGAAGAUUAUGAAAGUGAGGAUUUGAAGAGGAGGAAAGAGAAAGAGAAAAAACUAGCUGAAGAGAAUGUUGUGGGAGAUGACUUAGUAUAGCAUAAAAUUGUACAGUGUUUGUAUAAUUUCAGUUGUAAAGUGAUGAAUUUUAUUUAAAAAAAAAAAAAAAAUUGGGGUUGCUACUUGAAUUUGAAAUCUUGUCAUUAUUUAUAGCAAUAUUCAAGUAGCUCAUUAGUGCAAAAUUCAUUAGUGCACGAAACUAAUGAAAAUUCAUAUAGUAAAAUUCACUAAAACUUCAAACUGUCUGUAAUAUAUGAAUGUCAUGCUCAUGAUACAUAAGGCAUUGGCAGAAUGCGCAGCACUACAACGCUAAUAAAUAAUGUACAUGUUCGUUGUAACUUGUGAUGUAAUAACUACAGUAUGUCUAAUAAACUAAUAAAAAUGAA